UCAGGCAAAAAUGAUGGCCACCCUUUCUUCGGGUCCUUAGCACAAGAGUUUGUUUACAUCCACGUCAUCAGGAAACUCAUUCGGUGUCAGAGAUGCAUCGACAGGACUCUACAGAAUCACCUCUUUUUGGUGAGGAGGACAACUUCAAGCUAAAACAGUCUAACAUUAAACAUCCUUUGGCAUCGUUCUUCCACCUUUUCUUCCGCACGAGUGCCAUCUUGGUUUAUUUACUGUGUGACGUUAUCAGUAGUCGUUUUAUUGUCUGCAUGGUCACCAUCAUCCUCUUGCUUUCAUGCGACUUCUGGACUGUAAAGAAUGUAUCUGGCAGAUUACUGGUUGGCCUUCGAUGGUGGAAUCAAGUGGAUGAAGACGGGAGAAGCCACUGGAUGUUUGAAUCAAGAAAAUCUGAUGAUGUCAGCAAAAUAUCCGCUGCGGAGUCGCGGGUCUUCUGGCUUGGCCUUAUUGUGUGCCCCAUUUUCUGGGUCGUCUUUGUCUUCAGCACCAUCUUCUCAUUUAACAUCAAAUGGCUGGUUGUGGUUAUAAUGGGGCUGGUUUUGCAAUGGGCUAACUUGUACGGUUAUGUCAGAUGCAAAGUGGGUGGAAAGUCCAGCCUGAGAAACAUGGCAAAGUCCUACCUCAGUCGACAGGUUUUCAAACAGGCCAUGAAGGAAACAACGAAAAGUUGAAACUGAAUUGGAGUCAUUCAGACACAAAGAGGUGGUGGGGCUCAGAACUCGAUGGAGUUAUUAUAUUUAUACUUGAGAAGGUAGAUGGUUAUUUUCCUGUUUCUUUACAUGUGAUGAUUCUAAGAAAUUCAGUGUCUGAUAGUAACAAAAGGUGAGUUUUUUUAAACAACUUUUAAAAAAAGUUGUGGGCGUAUAAAAUGCUGGGGAAAGUUCACACAUAUAAAAAAUCUGAUAUUUUUGUUACUUUGACUGAGCUGUAUUUUUUUUGUCAGAAAGUUUGUUAUUGUUUGUUAUAAAUUACACUAUGGUAUGUUUAUGUGUAAAAUGAAGUAGCCAUUUACUAGCAUCUUUGAGAAGGUGUUGUGUGCAUUAAAAAUAGAUCAUGAAAAUUC